UCUGCUGAAUGAAUGAGCUGGACUGCCAUGUUGGUAUAAACAAGUUCAGCAGAAGGAGCAGAACCUUUCCUGGAGAAGGAACUACUUCAUAUAUACAUUUAGGGUGGUUGGAGUUAUCUGAAGUCUAAUGUGUAGAGCGUAAACAAGAAGAGUGCAGUUAACUGUGUACUGUGUGUAUUCUGUUGAGGUAGUUGAUGAUGAUGAUGGCAUGGUCCACCCCAAUGCUCAGACGAUAAGCCAACUGCAGUGGAGACGAUGCCUGCGAGCAGAAGUGACUGAGGAUGAUCUUCUCUCCAUGUUGGAAAAACAGAUCUCCAGACCUGAAAUGAGUUUCAGCCCAGUUUACAGGUACAUCAUGGAUGUACCGUUCCUCCAGUUAGUUCUUGUUCUUGCACCUCCUCAUUUUGUGUUUGUGCUCCUGUUGGACUUGUUAUUGUGGUUAUUGUGUGUAGCUGCUCUAUAGGAGAACACAACUCAAUACAAAGGGUCGAAAAUUAGCAUAAAAGGUCCCCUUUAAGGGAACAUGACAUCGGUGACGAGGAUGUGGAUUCAUUUGUCACUUAUGCCGUCAUUCCUUGCUUUGCCUGGCUAGCCUCCGGUCCCCUGGGCUAACCGAUGCUAGCGAUGCUAAACUGUGUGCCAUGCUUGUACAUAGUCUGGUCAGUGAGGGACAGCGCAAUCCUCCAUAGGUUCAGACCUGCACAGACAUACUGUUAUGUGGACUGGGUUGCCUUGCUGGCUGCUUUGACCUGUUAAAGGAACAUACAUGGUGAUUAUAAAGUGUUAGGAGGAUGUGAAUUAUUCAUUGAUAUGAGUUGAACAUUCUCUCUUGCAUUGUUUGUCUUUCACAGAAUGUGUGUGUGUCUGUCAGGAAGUGGAGUUUCGCCUCAGUGGCCUGUGUGUGUUUGUGUGAGUGAGAUAUGUUUGAUUCCUUUCCUGUUUUUUGUUCUGUCAUCUUUAGUACAAUUAGUGUAGGUCAGUAAGGUUGUUGUGUGUGUUUUCAUCCCAGCCAGAGAAACUCAAAUGGAAAAUUACAAAUCAAAUGUGAAUUGUUUUUGCAAAUCAAUCAGGUUUAGUUUUAAACCAACAACAAUGACAAGCAAAAAAAAUAUAUAAAUUGCUAAUAGUUAAUGGUGUUUUUCUUGUUGCCAUUUGUGGUAGCAGCCUGGUGUGAGAUGUGUGGUGGCACAUCUCCUGCAUGUGUGGUUUUAUGCACACACAGGAAGUGAAAAACCAACACACAACAUAAAUUUGGAGGGAAAUGUUGAUUAUUAUUUUCAUUCUAAUGCCCGUCAAAAUUGACCAACUUUGACAUCCGUCGUUUUGAAGGUGACAAUCUGGCGUGUAUGUAUGAAAACAUUUAACAAGACAGUUGGCAAUGUUUGACUUUAUGUGUCGUACAGGAGCAACAUUUGCUCACACCCUUCUGCAUUCACGCGUCGCCUGCUCUGCAUUUCCUCAAUCCCGCUCUUUCACUCUCACUGUGUGUCGUGACAGUCGGACCAUAAUGAAGCUACAGACCAGUCUGGGCGAUGGGCUGCCACUGCGAUGAGCCAGUAUGAGCGCCGAGCUGCUAUUGGAGGAGACGCUGAUCAAGCGCUCGCAGCAAAAGAGGAGGACGUCUCCGCUCAACUACAAGGAGAGGCUGUUUGUCCUCACCAAGAGCAGCCUGAGCUACUAUGACGGCAGGGCAGAGAAGAAGUUUCGGAGAGGCUCCAUCCCACUGAGUUGCAUCAGAUGUGUGGAGGUUGUAAGGGACGUUGGCGGGAUCAACCCCUGCCAGUACAAAUAUCCUUUCCAGGUGGUGCACGAGAGCAACACACUGUAUGUGUUCGCGCCGAGCCAGGACAGCAGGACUGUGUGGGUGCAACGCAUUAAAGAGGAGAUCCUAGACAACCGUGAGAUUCUGACCAAGUUCCAUAGCCAGUUCUGGUGUGAGGGGGCGUGGCUCUGUUGCCGCCAGGAGGAGAAGCAGGCCCCCGGCUGCGAGGAGUACAACCUGUUUGGAGACUCUUCCAGAAAGCCGCUACCCCCGAUUCCCGCAGCGGAAGGCAAAGAUGGGAGGCGUUGCCGGAUCCCUCCUCCUGAAGUUGAUGAUGAAGAUGGCGACGCCACGGAUGACAUGGUGGUGGCGCUGUAUGACUUCCCGGGCAGCGAGUCCCACGACCUGCAGCUAGUCAAAGGAGGCGAGUACAUCAUUGUGGAGCGCUGUGACGUCAACUGGUACAAAGCACGCAACCAGGACGGGGAAGAAGGCUACAUCCCUAGCAACUAUGUCACUGAGAAGAAAUCUGGAAACCUGGCGCAGUUUGCUUGGUACAGCAAACAUGUCAACAGGAACAAGGCAGAGGAGCUCCUACGGAAGGAGGACAAAGAAGGUGCCUUCACCGUCAGAGAGUCCAGCACUCAGGGGACGUACACGGUGUCCCUCUACACUAAGUCUGUGGGGGGUAACGGAGCUGCUGCCAUCAAACAUUACCGCAUCAGGGAGACCCGAGGCUCGCCCAAACAGUUUUACCUGGCGGGGAAACACGUAUUCGACUCCAUCGCUGAGCUCAUCACCUACCACCAGCACAACGCUGCAGAGAAGUGGGAGAUCAAUCCCAGCGACCUCACCUUCAUGAAGGAGCUGGGCAGCGGUCAGGUGGGGGUGGUGCGACUCGGCAUGUGGAGGGCGCAGCACAAAGUGGCAAUCAAGGCCAUCAAGAGCGGUGCCAUGUACGAGGAGGACUUCAUCGAAGAGGCCAAGGUCAUGAUGAAAUUAUCCCAUCCCAAACUGGUGCAGCUCUACGGUGUGUGCAGCCAGCAGCGGCCCAUCUACAUCAUCACAGAAUUCAUGGAGCAUGGCUGCCUGCUAGACUUCCUGCGGCAGCGGCGGGGCAGCGUCAGCCCAGCCUCGCUGCUGAGCAUCUGCCUGGACGUGUGCGAGGGCAUGCAGCACCUGGAGAGCAACAGCUUCAUCCACAGAGAUCUGGGGGCCAGGAACUGCUUGGUCAACGACUCCUUGGUGGUGAAGGUGUCUGACUUUGGCAUGGCCAGGUAUGUUUUGGAUGACCAGUACACCUCGUCGUCAGGCUCCAAGUUCCCAGUGAAGUGGUCACCUCCUGAAGUCCUCAACUUCUGCAGACACAGCAGCAAGUCUGACGUCUGGUCUUACGGUGUGCUGAUGUGGGAGGCUUUCACUGAAGGUCGCAUGCCAUUCGAGCAGAACAACAACCGUGAAGUCGUCACCCUGGUAACCACGGGUCACCGCCUCUCAAGGCCCAAAUUGGCACCCGUUGCUGCCUAUGACAUCAUGCAGCUGUGCUGGCAGGAGAGACCUGAGGAUCGCCCGUCCUUCUCUCAACUCUGCUUGAUGAUCUGUGAUGCUCUGGAGAACGAUGCCGCACUCACCAACUGACAGGCUAGUCACUGUUACAACAGUAAGACUAAAGGACACAAACUAAACGGGAGGAUACUAUGUUUUUUUUUUUAGGUCAUGGAUUAUAGUUUAUAUUUUGAAAAAUUGUAAUGCAAGUCUCACAUGUCCUAAAAUAGUGUCUGCAUUAGCAAACACUACUAUGUGGGCUACAGUGCUAACUUUUAAGUCACAUUUCAACAACAACAUGCAAUGUCUGCCGAUCUGUGGGCGUAUACACGGGGCGGACUAUUCUAAUUAGGGGCUGCUCAGCAGUGGUAUCAUCAUUUCCUUCAUGACGUCAUUGAAAAACAAUAACUUCAAAAGCAAGCGUUUGAGUCGCUCUUCUCUUAAAAGUGUGACAAAUAUUGUAGGACACAUUAUUUUACAAUACAUUUAUACAAAUUUCCCCACUGAGGGACGAAUAAAGGCAUAUCUUAAUCUUAAUUUUUACCAUAUUGAAAAGCCACUUUUAAACCUCAACAGGGUAUCAGAUAAUAGAAAUAUGCUGACUUUUGUUGGUGAAAGAUUUUAUUAAAAUGACUCACACUGAUACAUUUUUAUUUUUACACACACAAUAGCAGUGUAGCCUCUUCCCAUGUCUCUUUCAACACAGCCACCUCUGCUGCCCCCACCUGGUCAACACAUGUCACUGCUCCCCCUAUAAAUAUCACUACAGAGUCAAUGAGAGCAGGUAGCCCGCUACAAGUGCCGCCAUCGCCGCUGCCGCCGCUGCUGUGAGUAGGAGUGCCUUUGAAAUGUGGUCAUCGUCUGAGGCAUCUGGUGUGGGACUCACUAACGUCCCGUGAACCUCCUCGGCCACAACGUUGGCUAAAACAUGAACAUUGUGAGCUGGCAGAGGACACAAAACACAGACAACAAAUAUCCAUAACUGUUUCAUUCAGUGUUUGCUCCCCUUUCCUGGUUUAUUUAUUUUUUUAUUAUUUGCAUGUCUCACUUAAAUGUUUCAGAUCAUCAAACAUAUUUAAAUAUUGGUCACAUAACUGAACACAAAAUGCAGUUUUUAAAUGAACAUUUUUAAUAUUAAGCGUCUUUUUUAAGGCCAUGCCACAGCAUCUUAAUAGGAUUCCGGUCAGGACUUUAACUAGGCCAUUCAAAAGUCUUCAUUUUGUUUUUCUUGUGGACUUGAUGGUGUGUCUUAGAUCAUUGUCUUGCUGCAGAACCCAAGUUGGUUUCAGCUUGAGGUCACCAACAGAUGGCCGGAUAUUCUCCUUCAGGAUUUUUUGGUAGACAGCAGCAGAAUCACAGCAAGUCUUCCAGAUCCUGAAACAGCCCCAGACCAUCACACUACCACCACCAUAUUUUACUGUUGGUAAGAUGUUCUUUUUCUGAAAUGCAGUGUCACUUUUAUAUCAGAUGUAAUGACACAGACACCUUCCAAAAAGUUCAAUUUUUUGUCUAGUCAGACCAUGGAGUAUUUCCCCAAAGAUCUUGGGGAUCUUCAAGAUGUUUUCCUGGCAAAAUUGAGAUGAGCUUUAAUGUUCUUUUUGUUCAGCAGUGUUUUUGUCUUGAACCUCUGCCAUGCUGGCUGUUUUUGCCCAGUGUAUUCCUUAUGGUGGAGGCAAGUUAGGCCUGCGGGUCUUUGGAUGUUGUUGUGGGGCCUUUUGUGACCUCUUGGCUGAGUCGUCCCUGUGCUCUUGAGGUUAUUUUGGUAUGCCAGCCACUCCUGGGAAGGUUCACCAAUGUUCCAUGUUUUAGCCAUUUGCAGAUAAUGUCUCUGACUGUGGUUUGCUGGAGUCCCACAGCUUUAAAAAAGGCUUUAUAACGUUUUCAAUUUGAGCUCAAGUGUGAUAAACCACAAUUAUUAACAACAAUUUUUGACAAAGGGCCAUAUAGGGUUUGGGUUAUUUUUUUCUCUUAAUCAUAAAAAGUUUCAUUUAAAAACUGUAUGUGUUCAGCAGACAUGUUGUCAUUGACUAAUAUUUAAAUUUGUUUGAUGAUUUGAAACAUUUAAGUGUGACAAACGCGCAAAAAGGAAAUCCAGAAAGAGGCAAACUUUUCACACCACAUCCUCCAGGUCCAAUGCUUACCUGUGACAAUGACUUCACAGUCUUCAGACUGGCUGCCCUCUCUGGUGGUGACUUGACACUGGUAUAAGCCAGAAUCUUCUAUUUGGAGUCUGAACAAUCGUAGGAUGAUGUGUCCUUGAGUCAACGCAUCCAUAUCGCUCUGCAGGCGCCCCACGAAUGGUCCUCUGUAGUCCAUGGACACAUCCACACCGUCUUGUAGAUGAAAAAUCUGGACGUCCGCCUUGCCCUCAGAGAAGAAUGUGCACUGGAUCCGUAGUGAGCUGAGGGACAUGUUGCGAUGAGUGGGGAAGUUCCACCCCAGAGUGAUGUUGUCAUUCUCCCUGGCGCUGUAGGAUGCUUGAGUCGUGGUCACCUCAAAUCCACCUCAAAGAGAAGGCAACACAUGAGGUCAUGUGAUCAUGCACGAGGUGCAGAAGGAAGACAACUUACAGACACAGCUGGUGAAGGCAAUUAGCAGAAUUAUCUUGCACGUCAUCUUCCAGGAGGCAGAGACAAAGAAUUGGGAGUCAAGCAUCCAGCCCGUCAAGUGCAAGUUGACACCCAUCUAGGUCGUCCUAAAAAAAACCAAAACAUCUGACUUCGGGCGAGAGGCGGGGUACACCCUGGACUGGUCACCAGCCAAUCACAGGGCACAUAUAGACAAACAACCAUUCACACUCACAUUCAUACCU